ACAGAGACACGUAGUGAAAAUGGGAGGAUCUAGAAGGAGGCUGUCUCCUGUGUAGUGUAUAUUUAUCUGUAAGUGAGCCUUUGGGGAAGGAAUUAAAUACAGAGACGCGGUUUGCUUGCUGCCUUAAGACAGUGAAGCUGAAUUGCUGAUUUGCUUUAACUUUUAAAAUACCCAGCUUGGUUUAUUUUUCUUAGAAUCGUACUGCUAAGCCUGGGGACGCUGUUUUCUUUCACAAAGGGAAAUCUAAGUUCAUUUCAAAGCAUUCGAAAUGGGGAAAGACUAUUAUUGCAUUUUGGGAAUUGAAAAAGGAGCUUCAGAUGAAGAUAUUAAAAAGGCUUACCGAAAACAAGCCCUCAAAUUUCAUCCGGACAAGAACAAAUCUCCUCAAGCAGAGGAAAAAUUUAAAGAGGUCGCAGAAGCUUAUGAAGUAUUGAGUGAUCCUAAAAAGAGAGAAAUAUAUGAUCAGUUUGGGGAGGAAGGGUUGAAAGGAGGAGCAGGAGGUACUGAUGGACAAGGGGGUACCUUCCGGUACACUUUUCAUGGCGAUCCUCAUGCCACAUUUGCAGCAUUUUUUGGAGGUUCCAACCCCUUUGAAAUUUUCUUUGGAAGACGGAUGGCUGGUGGUAGAGAUUCUGAUGAAAUGGAAGUAGAUGGAGAUCCUUUUAGUGCCUUUGGAUUCAGCAUGAAUGGAUAUCCGAGAGACAGAAAUUCUGUGGGGCCAUCCCGCAUCAAACAAGAUCCUCCAGUUAUUCACGAACUUAGAGUAUCACUUGAAGAAAUAUAUACUGGUUGUACCAAACGGAUGAAGAUUUCUCGAAAAAGGUUAAAUCCUGAUGGAAGGAGUUAUAGAUCUGAGGACAAAAUUCUCACCAUUGAGAUUAAAAAAGGGUGGAAAGAAGGCACCAAAAUUACUUUUCCAAGGGAAGGAGAUGAAACACCAACUAGUAUCCCAGCAGACAUUGUUUUUAUCAUUAAAGAUAAAGAUCACCCAAAAUUUAAAAGGGAUGGAUCAAAUAUAAUUUACACUGCUAAAAUUAGUUUACGAGAGGCAUUGUGUGGCUGCUCAGUUAAUGUGCCAACAAUGGAUGGAAGAACCAUACCUAUGUCAAUAAAUGAUAUUGUGAAGCCUGGAAUGAGGAGAAGAAUUAUUGGAUAUGGGCUGCCGUUUCCAAAAAAUCCUGACCAGCGUGGCGACCUUCUAAUAGAAUUUGACGUGUCCUUCCCAGAUACUAUAUCCUCAUCAUCCAAAGAAGUACUUAGGAAACAUCUUCCUGCCUCGUAGGAUGAAAAACUUUGUUACCCAUAUUUUGAUAAGGCACUGAAAAUAUAAAAGGACUGGCAGUUUACUGAUGUAGAUGUGAAUUCUGUAUAAAGAUGUGUAAAUUAUUUUGAGGAUUCAUUAAAUUGCAUGAAUAGAGACGGGUCAAAUAAAUAGGCAAAAGGGAUUUUUACAGUUAGAGAUGAAGAAACAACCAUUCACUGUAUUUUAUUUCAUUUCUCCCAAAUCAGAAAUUUUUUAGUAUUUUGCUUACAUGUAAAAUUUGUUUUGUGGAGUUAGUAGAUAUAUUUCUAAUAAAGUACUAGACUAUCCAAGUACUUUAUUUCUUUUAUCUUUACAUUAUCAGUAUGAUAGUUUCUCAUUUAUAAUGGAAAUUUAAGUUCUUAACUAACCUACAUAUGUGAUAUGUAUUUCUAGAAAAUAAAAAUCCAAGUCAUUUGGAAAUGUGGUUAACUAGAUUUAAAUCUCCAUCUGAAAUGCUGCUAUAGGGCUGGGACCCAUAAAAGAAUAUCCUAAUGCAUAUGUUUUGAUUUUUAAAGUAUGCUAUAGCAUUUCCUACUAACAUGGUUGUAAUGUUCUUAAGGCAGACCUUUUCAUCAUAGAAAGGAAAUUAAUGGCAAUUUAUCUCCUGUGGAAAUCCCAAUUGCCUGAAUUACUGAUAUUUUAGAAAUAGGCUGUUUUUAAAAUGCCAUAUGUAAUUUUAUGCAAGUUGACUAUAUAUCUUGGACUUAAUAAAUUAUAGGCACAUUUUAUUGUCCACUAGUUUAAAAUAAUUUGUUUAAUAAUGUGUUUUUAGAGGGAAUAUUGUUACUUAGAAUUAAUUUUCCAAUUACACAGUCUUCUAUUACUUACUCAUCAUAUGCUAUAUGUAUCUUAUGCAAUUUCCCUAAAAAGAAUAAACUACCACUAUGGUGUUAAACCAAAAUAUGGGGAAAAUAAACACUAACUGCUGCUUAUGAAUGAUGUUGCUACUACUUGUUAUGCAUAUAAAUAUUUUACUUUUUCAUAUGUAUAGACUGCAUUUCUUAGGUGUUUUAAUUUUUUAAAUAUAUUUACGUUUAAAAAAU